AUGGACACUGCCGACGAAGCAGCCGCCAAGGCGCACGACAACGGCGCCGUCGCCGUCGCCGUGCGCAGGCCUCGAGCGAAACUCGCGGCGUCGAGCCAUGAGAAGGCAAGGCUGAGCCGCCUGCGCGAAGCCAACAAGGCCUACGGCCGGGGAAAAGGCAUAAACACCAAGCACAUCAAGGACAAGAAGCUGCGGCGCAGCCUGAAGCAGCUCGAGGACAAGUACCAGGACGCGGCCCUCAAGGCCAAGGACGCCGAGAUCCUGCUGGAGAACACGGGCGGCUUCCUCGAGGCCGAAGGCGAGCUGGAACGCACGUACAAGGUGCGGCAGGAGGCCAUCGUGUCCGAGGUGUCGGUGGCGACGGCCGCGAACCGCUUCGACCUCAAGCUCGACGCGCUCGGCCCGUAUGUCUGCGACUUUACGAGGAACGGCCGCGAGCUGCUGCUGGCCGGGCGCAAGGGGCACGUCGCCACCAUGGACUGGCACGAGGGCAAGCUCGGGUGCGAGCUGCAGCUGCGCGAGACGGUCCGCGACGUCAAGUGGCUGCACAACAACCAGUACUUUGCCGUGGCGCAGAAGAAGCACGUCUUCAUCUACGACCGCAACGGCGUGGAGCUGCACAGCCUGCGCAAGCACAACGAAGUGACGCACAUGGAGUUUCUGCCGUACCACUUUCUUCUGGCGACGAUUGGAACCGGCGGGGUGCUCAAGUACCAAGACACGUCUACCGGGCAGAUUGUGGCCGAGAUGCCCAGCCGGCUCGGGCAGCCCGUGUCCAUGGCCCAGAAUCCGUACAACGCGGUGCUCCACGUGGGCCAUCAGAACGGCACCGUCACGCUGUGGUCGCCAAACUCGCAGGACCCCCUGGUGAAGCUGCUCGCGCACCGCGGCCCGGUCCGAUCGCUCGCCGUGGACAGAGAGGGCCGGUACAUGGUCUCCACCGGCCAGGACCUCAAGAUGGCCGUGUGGGACGUCCGCAUGUUCCGCGAAGUCAGCAGCUACCGCACGCGGCAGCCGGCGUGCUCGGUGGCCAUUUCCGACACGGGCCUCACCGCCGUCGCGGGGGGCACCCGCACAACCAUCUGGAAGGGCCUGUUCGACAAGAACGCCGCGGCGCAGGAAAGAGUCCAGGCCCCCUACAUGGCCUGGGGCGGCGACGGCAGGCGGAUGGAGCGGGUGCGGUGGUGCCCGCUCGAGGACGUGCUCGGCGUCGGCCACGACCAAGGCUUCUCGUCGCUCAUCAUCCCCGGCGCCGGCGAGGCCAACUUUGACGCGUUGGAGGCGAACCCCUUCGAGACGGCCCGGCAGCGGCAGGAGUCCGAGGUCAAGGGCCUCCUGAACAAGCUGGCCCCGGAGAUGAUUGCGCUGGACCCCAACUUCAUCGGCAGCCUGGACCUGCGGUCGGACGCGCAGAAGCGGGCCGACCGGGACCUGGACGCCCCGGCGGCCGACGUGGCCGAGGAGCUGCGGAAGCGGGCCCGAGGCAAGAACGGCGCGCUGAGCAAGUACCUCCGGAAGCAGAGGAGGAAGAACGUCAUUGACGAGAAGAGGAUGCGAGUGGACGAGCUGUGGAACGAGCGGCAGAGGCUGAAGGAUGCCAGGCGCAAGGAGGCGGAGGCGGACCUCGGACCGGCGCUGUCCAGAUUUGCCAGGAAGGAGUAG